AUGGCGUCAGCAGACACGGCAGUAAAUCAAGUAUCAGAUCAAAAAUCUGAUGCUAAUAUAAAUAAACAACAAGAUCAAGCCGAUUCGGGCACUGAUAAUUCCAGACAAAUCAAUGGUAAAACUGUCAUUGCAACAAAGGUCACUGGUACAGUUAAAUGGUUCAAUGUUAAAAGUGGCUAUGGUUUUAUUGAACGUGGUGAUAAAAAAGAAGACAUUUUUGUUCAUCAAACGGCUAUUAUUAAGAAUAAUCCACAAAAAUACUUGCGUAGUGUUGACGAUGGAGAGAUUGUCGAAUUCGAUAUUGUUGAAGGAGAAAAAGGUCACGAAGCUGCAAAUGUAACAGGUCCUAAUGGAGAAUGUGUGAAAGGUUCGAAAUUCGCAGCUGAUCGAAAACAAUAUGAAACACAUGGUAAUUUUCGACGAGGACGUGGUGGAGGUCGAUUUCCAUUCCGUGGUCGAGGAGGACCUUUCCGUGGUAAUCCACGUGGUUAUGAUCCAGGUUACAAUCAUCGAUUCAACAAUUAUGGUCCACCACAUCCACAACUACCACCACCUAUGAUAGGAGGACCACCAUUAGGUCGACCACCUCGUGACUUCGGUGGCCCUAUGUUUCGAGGUCGUAGUCGACCACCAUUCCGUGGUGGCUAUGAAUUUCAUGGAAAUUUUUCAGGUCGAGGACCACGUACUUUUCAUGGUCCCGGUGGUCCAAUGAUGGGAGGGCCAAUGGGUCCUAUGCCAGGUCAAAUGGGUCCGCCAUUCAAUGGUGGUUUCCAUGGUCAAAAUGGAGGUCGAGGCCGUGGCCGAGGUCGUGGACGUGGUCGUGGCCGAUUCUUUCGAGGAGCUCGUCAAGGAAAUUAUGCUGAUCCAUAUUAUGGUAAUGACAAUGAAGGUGAUGGACAAGAUCCCGGUCAAUCAUCAGUCUAA